GACGAAGCCCAUAAAUAGAAGAAGCAUGUAUUCUAACUUAACCCUAGUUUCUUUGAAAUCCCAAUACCCAAGUGACAUUCGCUUUCAAGGCUUCAAGCACAAUGCAUCUUCCGGAGGAUUUGGUAGUGGAGAUACUCUCUAGGGUUCCUACUGUAUCUUCUCUGGCACGAUUGCGAUCGACAUCCAAAAGAUGGAACACUCUGGUCAAAGAUGGGAGACUUGCUAAGAAGCACUCUGCUUACGCUCCAAGGCAGUCUCCUCUGGUUAUCAUGUUGAUUAAUUUUAGGGUUUAUUUAGUGAGCAUCAAUCUCAAUAACAACGUUCCCCCAUCUGCAAAGGUAACAUGUCAAUUCAGCUUAAAAGAUCCUCUUUCUAUUUUUUCCAAAGAAAUCGAUAUACGUAGCACCUUUCACUUGGACGGCUUAUUGCUAUGCAAUACCAAAGACAAUAGAUUGGUUGUUUGGAAUCCAUGUUCAGGUGAAACAAGGUGGAUCCAACCUAGAUAUUCCUACAAGGAUUCCGACUGUUAUGCUCUCGGUUACGAUAACAAAUCCUCCUGUUACAAAAUCUUGAGGAUGCAUCGAUUUUUUGUUGGUAACAUAUUGCACAUUGAGUCCGAAGUCUAUGACUUUGCUUCUCAUUCGUGGAGAGGUGUUGGUGAGUCUACCAGCUGGUUCAUAACACAGAUUAGUUGUCGUCGUGGCGUGUGUGUGAAGGGAAAUACUUACUGGCUUGCUGGUGGUCAAUACGAGCCGCGAAAUGAUCAUUUCUUACUACGUUUCGAUUUUUCAAGUGAGAGAUUCCAAUUUCUGUCUCUCCCAGCGGAUGCUCGUCGUGAUUAUGGUAAUAUGGCUUUAUCAGUGACUAAAGAAAAUCAACAACUUUGUUUGCUAGCUACCCAAGUAUUAGAUAUAAAUGUAUGGAUGGCAACUAAGAUUGAGAGUACCGGAGCCAUUUUGUGGAGCAAGUUCCUAACAGUGACGGGAGCCGAUAUCCGCUAUCGUCUUCAAUUUAAUAUCGGGAUGAGUUUCUUGGUCGACCAUGAGGACAAAGUUGUAGUGUCUUGUAACUCAGUGUUUCCAAAUAUCAUACACAUUGUGGGAGAGGAUAAAUACAUAGAAGUAAAUCAUCAUGGUGCACAACCUAGACACAUCCCAUAUCUCCUCAGUUAUGUUCCAAGUUUGGUUCAAAUCCAACAAGGUAUCUAAGUUCUUUGUGUAAUUGUCACACACUAGCUAGUUUAUGCAUUUAUCUUAUAAUCUAACUCUUGAUAUUCAAUAGGAUGUGUUUUGCUAUUCUAUAAUUUUUUCCCAAACUAUUCCAGUUUUUUCAUCCUCUGCGAGUGGAUGAUGUUAGUUCUUCUUUUGUUAAACGAGCUCGCAUAUAUUGUCUUGAUCAUCAAAAUUCUUAUGGUUUAUUUUAUGCGAACACAAAGACCAGUUGCAAUACUUAGGUUUCUGAAUGAUCUCAUGACUUGGAGCUAGGAACAAGUGUGUCACCUUAGAUUUUGUUUUGGGUUGAGCUUCGUACGUGUCUUUUUGAUAUUGGUUAUCGAGUUAUGUUGCAUAAUAACUAGUAAUUGAGAGACAUGGGUCACCAUCCACAGUAGUUUUAUUGAAAUUAGUGUUUGAGACUGGUUGUCAAAGAUUUUGGGGGUUGUAGUAGAUGGAGUUAUAAAAUCUGAAUGAAUGAGUUACAUGGAGUUAUUUUCCUCCUUUACCAGUUCCAUGUAUGCAACGUGAUGAAAAAAGUUUACCUUUUAGAUUAAAAAAAUAGAUACAAGUUGGAUAUUUAUGCUUUGUUUUAAAGUAUUAGAAAAGUGAAAUUCCAAUACUACAUCUCGUGAGGACCUCUCACAGUUGGUCAAGAUUAUAUUCAAUCUAUUUUAUGUGACAUAUAGUAGCGUUUAUCAAUUUAAAAACGCUAUGAAAAAAUCAGUAUAUCAACCAUAGCAAAAACAAAUAAACCCCUUGUAAUGCUAAUAAAAUUCAAUAUUCCCCGUUGCAUUUCUGUGAAAGAAACUACAAAUUUGGCCAUAUUAAAGAGUCAAAAAGACCAAUCACGAAACGGAAAACUUUUGUUUCCAGUAGAAGCAGUAGGCCUCUCCUAAUAGCAACGGAGGCCCACAAGCCCAAAGUCAGCUGAUCUAGGACGUGAAUCAGUUAGAAUGUUUUUAGGUCUAAAAUCUCUCAUCUCCCUUGUUUACUAAGAAUUGAACCCUAAUCUUUUUCGAAACAGUC